GGAUCAGACAUUUCUUUGUGACUUGACUUUAGGCUGACUUCCUUGUCCGACUGCUGCGGGACUCUGAGCUCCUCUUUAAUUUGCUCUUUGCUCCCUUGGCUGGAUUUACUGUUCUGUAACUUUCUAGCGCCCCACUCACUUCUCUCAUCAUGCUCUUCCAUUGUUUUCUUCUAACGGGAGCUCUGCUCUCAUUGGCUGUACCUACUAUGGUCGCCAUCGAGACGUGUCCAGCAAUGCCAGGAAUGCCAGGCAUUCCCGGGCUUCCUGGCAGAGAUGGUCGUGAUGGUGAGAAAGGAGAAAAAGGAGAUCCAGGAGAAGAAAGGAGCUAUGGGUCCGGGUUUCAGAAGGGCAUGAAGGGUGAUCCAGGGCAAAGUGGACCUCCUGGCAAGCGUGGCCCAUCAGGAGAACCAGGAGAACCAGGCCCUGAAGGGAUUCCUGGGCCUCCAGGGGAGCCGGGAGAAGCUUGGUCCUCUGCAGCUCAACCAAUGGCAGCCUUCAGUGUGGCCAGAAUGACAUCUGAAUUUCCUGACAAAGCCAGCACCAUCCGGUUCACCAAAGUCAUCACUAACAUCCAGGAUGACUACAACACAGAAACGGGACACUUCAGGUGUCGCGUUCCUGGGAUGUACUACUUCGUUUUUCAUGCUACUCUGGGAGACAAACUCUGCGUGUUGAUGAAGCUGGAUGACAACCUGCUGACAUCGUUUUGUGAUCCUCGUCGCAGGAAACAGGUGACUUCGGGAGGCCUUUCAGUUUACCUCUCCCAGGGUCAGGAGGUUUGGCUGGAGACCAAAGACCAGAGAGGGAUGACAGGGGGUCCCAACGGCUACAGCAUCUUCUCCGGUUUCCUGUUGCACCCUUACUGACCCUCAGGAGGGAAGACUGGUCACAUUUUGAUGACAGAAUGAAAGUUCUUGGUACUUUUUUUGUUUGUUUUUCUAACUUGUUCAGAUUCUAUUGAAAAAGAAAGACAAAUUGGGACAAUUAAAACCAUCUUUUGUAACAGAUAAUCAGGUGUGAUAAAUGAGAAAAAAAAUGAAGCUUUACCGCUUGAUUUGCUCUGCAGUGUUAGAUUUAUUACCACCAUGUCACCAGUAAAAAGAUUUUUUG